AUGAACGAAAAUUUGAUGGACAUUUCAAGUUACGUCAAACUCCUCGAUGGACAAGAGCAAGACACCAUCGACCUUCUCAGUCAAGAGUUCGAGGAUGAAGGAAGAUAUAAAAGCAUCAAGAAUCCGGUUGCCACAACAUGGCUCACGUCCUUUGAUCAAAUUCGGCGGCAGAACAGCCUGGCCUUUGUUAUAUGGCCUUCAUGGCAUGCAUCAAUACAAAAGACAUACCGGUCUCGCUACUUCCGCCGGCAAAGUCUGUCGCGAGAGAGAAAGCACUUGGCCUGUUGUGUUCCUAUUCUUUUGUUCACUCACAUCACUCCGGUACCCGUCUUGAUAUGCAUCGCCUUAUCCAGCUUGCAACCGCGAAUUGGCUCAAGUCGGCAUUAUCCAGCAUAUAAUCCCACAAGCCGAAGCGAAUGGCGUGCAGCCAUGCCGCAUGCACUUCAAACAAUUCACCUUACCUCAAACGAGCCGGCAACUGCAGACGCAAUUCAUUUGCUGUCAACUAUUGGCUUCUGUCAGAAUGGUGAUGGGAGAUACAAGGAAGCUAUCCGCAUUCUCACUAUAGCGCUAGAGAAAUCCGAGAGCAUGUUUGGUUACAACCACGAGAAUUCUCUCCUGACUCGUGGCUAUCUUGCGUCUUCCUAUCAAAGUAUUGAGGAGUUUGAAAAAGCGACGAAGAUAUUCGAAGAGAUCCUAGAACAUCGAAUAUCGACAAGUGGUCUCCAAUGUCUUGAGACGAAUCGAACAGUGCAGGAUCUGGCCAUUGUCUAUCGAAUGAGAGGAAGCCUUGAACAUCGCCAGCGAGCCUUGAAAGAUUCGGUACACAAUCUGCAAAGGGCCCAGGAGCUUGGUUCGCAGGCACUCAGGUAUUUUUUGAGGACGUUUGGUCCAGAAAAUGGAGAUACAUUGUCUGCCAUGUUUACCCUCCCUCAGGUGUACUUCACCCAAGGGCGACUAUCGAAUGCUGAAGAGCUAACACAACAGUCUCUGGCUAUCCAGAAGAAAAUGUUUGGGCCAGACACUCUCUGUACAACUUCUGCAAUGACUACAUUGGCAGGCAUAUACAUGCAAAGAUGGAAGUUCCAAGAUGCAGAGCUGCUGUAUGCAGAAGCAUUGAAGAGAGCAAAAAAGUUUCUUGGCCCUGGGCAUCCCACUAUCCUCCGAGAUAUGCACCAGAUGGCAUUGGCAUUGAGGUUUCAAUGUAGACACUUCGAAGCUCUUGCUUUGAUGACUGAAUGCGUUAGUCUCGGGGAGAAGGCACUCGGCUCUAGUCAUUACACCGUUGAACAGAGUCGUGAAUUCGUCAGAAACUGGACGGGUCAAAAAAAUCCUGGCACUCGCUUGAUAACUUCUUUUGUUCCAUUGGAGCGAUGCAACGUGAUAUUGAAACGCCGGAGGUAUUUUCCUGGAAAAAAGAUCAUCGGCGGCCUUUACAGCAUACGGAGGGAGCCGAAGAAUGAUCCAAUGAUUCGAGAGAUCAAAGAUGCCAUGGGCUGCGUGCCAAUUCAACGACGCCACUCCAGUGGUGAAGUCACUAUUGUGAGAAACUCUGAUCUCACAGAGGACUCUAAUGGCCGAAAGCCUUGA